CCGGCCCCGGCGGCACCAUGUCCAGCGCCCGGACCCCCCUGCCCACGCUGAACGAGAGGGAUACGGAGCAGCAGCCGGCCCUCGGACACCUGGACGCCAAGCCCAGCAGUAAGGCCAACAUGCUCCGUGGCCGCAACUCAGCCACCUCUGCUGAUGAGCAGCCACAUAUUGGCAAUUAUAGGCUCCUCAAGACCAUAGGCAAAGGCAACUUCGCUAAGGUUAAGCUGGCCCGGCAUGUCCUAACCGGCAAGGAGGUGGCGGUGAAGAUCAUUGACAAGACACAACUCAAUUCUUCCAGCCUCCAGAAACUGUUCCGGGAAGUAAGAAUAAUGAAGGUUUUGAAUCAUCCCAACAUAGUUAAAUUAUUUGAAGUGAUUGAGACAGAGAAGACACUUUAUCUUGUGAUGGAGUAUGCUAGUGGAGGAGAGGUGUUUGAUUACCUGGUAGCUCAUGGGAGGAUGAAGGAGAAAGAGGCUCGAGCCAAGUUUCGACAGAUAGUGUCGGCUGUACAGUACUGCCACCAGAAGUUCAUUGUGCAUAGAGACUUGAAGGCAGAAAACUUGCUCCUGGAUGCUGACAUGAACAUUAAAAUUGCUGACUUCGGCUUCAGUAAUGAGUUUACCUUUGGCACAAAGCUGGACACCUUCUGUGGCAGUCCCCCCUAUGCUGCCCCAGAACUCUUCCAGGGCAAGAAGUACGAUGGGCCUGAGGUGGACGUCUGGAGCCUCGGGGUCAUCCUCUACACGCUGGUCAGCGGCUCCCUGCCUUUUGACGGCCAGAACCUCAAGGAACUUCGAGAGCGAGUUCUUCGAGGGAAGUACCGGAUCCCAUUCUACAUGUCCACGGAUUGCGAGAACCUGCUGAAAAAAUUCCUCAUUCUCAAUCCUAGCAAGAGGGGCACAUUAGAGCAAAUCAUGAAAGACCGGUGGAUGAAUGUGGGGCAUGAGGAAGAUGAGCUCAAGCCAUAUGUAGAGCCCCUGCCAGACUACAAAGACCCCCGACGGACAGAGCUGAUGGUUUCCAUGGGCUACACACGAGAAGAGAUCCAGGACUCACUGGUGAGCCAGAAAUACAAUGAGGUGAUGGCCACCUACCUGCUCCUAGGCUAUAAGAGCUCUGAGCUGGAGGGUGACACAAUCACAUUGAAGCCACGACCUUCAGCAGAAUUAACCAACAGCAGUGUCCCAUCCCCAUCCCAUAAGGUACAGCGGAGCGUCUCUGCCAACCCAAAGCAGCGGCGCUUCAGUGAUCAGGCUGGUCCUGCCAUCCCCACCUCCAACUCCUACUCAAAGAAAACCCAGAGUAACAAUGCAGAGAACAAGCGGCCUGAUGAGGAGCGAGAAUCUGGGCGAAAGGCUAGCAGCACCGCCAAGGUGCCCGCCAGCCCCCUGCCUGGCCUUGAAAGGAAGAAGACCACCCCGACCCCCUCCACGAAUAGCGUGCUCUCCACCAGCACUAACAGGAGUCGGAACUCCCCGCUAUUAGAGCGGGCCAGCCUAGGCCAAAGCUCCGUCCAGAACGGCAAGGACAGCCUAACCAUGCCGGGCUCCCGGGCCUCCACAGCCUCUGCCUCCGCCGCUGUCUCUGCGGCCCGGCCCCGCCAGCACCAGAAGUCCAUGUCAGCCUCCGUGCACCCCAACAAGGCCUCAGGGCUGCCCCCGACAGACAGUAACUGUGAGGUGCCCAGGCCCAGCACAGCUCCCCAGAGGGUCCCCGUGGCCUCCCCCUCAGCCCACAACAUCAGUAGCAGUGGGGGAGCCCCAGAACGGACCAACUUCCCCCGAGGUGUGUCAAGCAGAAGCACCUUCCACGCCGGGCAGCUGCGCCAGGUGCGGGAUCAACAGAACCUGCCCUACGGGGUCACCCCCGCCUCUCCUUCUGGCCACAGCCAAGGCCGACGCGGGGCCUCGGGCAGCAUCUUCAGCAAGUUCACCUCCAAGUUUGUCCGCAGAAAUCUGUCUUUCAGGUUUGCCAGAAGGAACCUGAAUGAACCUGAAAGCAAAGACCGAGUGGAAACCCUCAGACCUCACAUGGUGGGCGGCGGGGGCAGCGACAAGGACAAGGACGAGAACCGAGAGGCCAAGCCGCGCUCCCUGCGCUUCACGUGGAGCAUGAAGACCACGAGCUCCAUGGAGCCCAACGAGAUGAUGCGGGAGAUCCGCAAGGUGCUGGACGCUAACAACUGCCAGUGCGAGCUGCAGGAGAGGUUCAUGCUGCUCUGCAUGCACGGGACCCCCGGCCACGAGACCUUCGUGCAGUGGGAGAUGGAGGUGUGCAAGCUGCCCCGCCUCUCCCUCAACGGGGUGCGCUUCAAGCGCAUCUCGGGCACCUCCAUGGCCUUUAAGAACAUCGCCUCCAAGAUUGCCAACGAGCUCAAGCUUUAACAGGCUGCCGGGGGGCCGGAGCAGCCACGGGCGCCCCCUCCCCAGGACCAGAGGGCGGGGGCCGGGGCUGGAGCUGGGCCUGCCCCCCCUUUCCUUUCCAGUUUUUUCCUCCGCAUUUGUGGGGGAGGGAAGGUCGUUUCCCCUCCACCCCACAACCCCCCGACAUGAAACAAGGAAUGUGGGGGGCGGGGUACCCCGGGUACUGCGGUUGCACAGAGUAUUUCGCCGAAACCAAGAAUUUUUUUAUUACCAAAAAAAAAAAAAUGCACCGGACACCUCCUUGCCCUUCUCCUGGGGUAGUGCAGACUCCUCUGAUGGCAUUUCCUCAAGGCUGGAGCCCCUCUUCCCAGAGAGGGAUGGGGGGAGUUGGCUGCCCCUCACCCGCCAGACUGGGCCAGUUGGGGUCUUGCCCUGCCCCCCAUCUUCUCCUCUAUAACCACCAGGGGUUGCCUUUCUAGCCUCAGGCCCCCAGCAUUGAGUGCCCGUCAUCAGGCCUGGGAGGGGGGCGGUGCUGGGGGCGGGGGGCUGGGGGGAGUCUACUUUCGGUGCCAUUUCCUCCUGCCCCCCUCUGCUGGGCAUUCACUUUCCACAAGCUGCUGUUGGGGGGAGGGGAGGAGCCUUUCUCCCUCGACCUCCCCUCCCCUAAGGAAGCUUGAGCCUCCGGGGCCAUCCACAGGGUCGACUCCUGGCUCCCCCUCCCCCUGCCAAAUGUCUAGGGAACAUGGGUGUGGGGCUGCCAAGCCGGGAGGGAGAGGCUGGAGCGGCCCGCAAGGACAGCGCCUUCUCCUUUGGGGGAGCCCCUCCCCCAUCUCUCAUUGGCAUUAAGCGGGCACUGGCCGGGCGCGGGCCAGCAGCGGCUUCUUCUUUCUCCAUCUCGGUUCUUUGCUUCUUGACACUGUUGCCCCGGCCCUACAGCUCUGGGGGGCAGGGAGUGCCUGGGCGGGGGGCCCUCCCCACGAGCUCGCAUCCUCCCCCAGAUGGAGGCAGGAAGAGGACCAGGGGCGCGAGCUGGUGGCGGCCGCUGCAUCCCUUAAUUUAUUUCUCUGCUGUUUCUGUUCUUGAGAAAUGAGGUGGGGGAGGGAGGGCUGUGCACAGAGGCUGCUCCCGCCCGCACCCGAGUUGUACAUUUUUUGUGAUGGGUUUUAUUUUUUAUUAUUAUUAUUUUAUUUUUUGGUUUUUUCUUUUCUUUUUUUUUUUUUUUUUUUUUUUGAUUUAUGAUGACUUCCCUUUAUACCUCCCUGUCACCCCCAGCCCGAGGCUCGGCAGUGAGCAGAGAGAGCCUCCGGGGCCUGGAAGGGCGUCUCCACGAGCCCCCUGCCGCCCCAGAGGAGGGCUCCGACUCCAGACCAAGGGCUUCCCCCUCCCCCUCCUCCCUCGGAGCCCACCCAGGGUGAUCGGUGGGACCCGGGAGGGGACCAGCUCAGCUUCUGAGGGGCGGGGGCUGGGGGGAGCCCUGGGACCGACGGUCAGGCCCCCCCGCCCUCCCCCUCCCCUCACAGCUCCCCCCUUCCCAUACUUAGUUUCUCCCCUGGAUCAGACACACGUAAUAAAGAGAAUGUUUGGAAUCUGAGCCUUGGGCCGCGGCUGCCGCCUCCUUCUUCUCACCGGCCGCCACGCUCAGGGGAAGCAGCUGCUGGCACAGAGGGGUCCCGCCAGGCCCCCACCCCACCCCGGAGAGAGCUGGGCUGAGGCUGGGCAAGGGAGGGCCUCACCCAGGGAGCUUUGAAAAAGUUUUAUUUUAAAAACGGACAAAAAAUAAAUUCAGGUGGCUUUCCUCUUCCGGCCUGAA